AUGUCUAAUUCCACCGCUUUCUCCAUUGCGUAUACCAAAGCCCAGCAAAGAUUGAACCAUCUUGCACGUGCAGUGGAUGGAGAAUCUUGGGAGAAAUCAGAAUGGCGACUUUCUAUCCAAAGGACCUCUCAUGAGGUUGUGUCUCUAGUCGAGGUUGUUUGCAAUCAGACUGCACACUUGGUCCCUCCAGUCACCUUGGGCAGGCACAAUGUUAUCUAUCGAAUUCACUGCGAUGGGGAUCCUUACGACAUUGUUGUUCGGCAACCACGCCCCGAUUUGGUACAGUUCUGGGAGGAAAAGGCUGGCUAUGAAUCUGCAACCAUGUCUUACCUCGCCAAAAACAGUGCUUUACAUGUUCCGGACCUCUUCUUUCACAUUCCGUCAUCACAUAUUGGACCGGCUAAGAUCUUACUAUUCGUAGAAAGUCAUCGGAGCAUGUCAGGCGCCCUCGCGGGCUCUGACGAGGAUCCGGAGGAGAUAGCGGUUCUGGACCCAGAGAUACCCGAAGAGGAUCUAAGAAUGCUUUACGGGAAGAUGGCUGCGCUUCUGAUCAAGCUCUUCGAGCCAACCCGGCAUAAGAUUGGGUCAUUGGUCGAAGUUGGCAGCGAGCAUUCAGUGGCGCGUCGACCACUCACCCAAAAUAUGUACGACAUGGUAUGCAAGGCGUUUAUCCCAAAAUCAGUUCUUCCGUCAUCAGAAAAGGUAUAUCACAGUGCCGAUGAAUGGUACGCCGCUUCGGCAGCUAUGCACAUGGCUCAGUUGCUUUUCGAGCAUAACCAUAUUGUUGAGUCGGAGGACGAAUGCCGAAAUAAGUAUGUUGCACGAUAUUUGUUUCAUUCACUCGCAAAGGAAGGUCAUCUGUCUUCUUUUGGAUUUCUUGAGGAUAAUUGGUCAGCCCAGUCUCAGUCUUUGAACUUGUCGUGCUCUAUGCCAUAUGGGACUGACUCUUUUCGACUUUGGUGCGACGAUCUGAGGCCCCAUAAUGUUCUUUUGGACAGAAACGACAAUAUCGCGGCAGCUCUUGACUGGGAAUUCUCAUACUUCGCUCCUACGCAAUUCAGCCUCGAUCCGCCCUGGUGGCUGUUGCUGCAGCCUCCGGAGCUGUGGCCUUCUGGAAUCGAUGAUUGGUCCCAGGUCUACGAAGCCAGGCUUGAGACCUGGCUAUUUGCAAUGUAA